AUGUCCACCGUCACCCCCUCCAAGGUCGCUGCGUCGGCCCUCGAGAACGUCAGCCUCAACACGCCAGUCAAGACCGACGUUAUGGCCAAGCUCAAGGCCGCAGCUGCCGCCGAGGCUGGCAUCAAGGACGACGAGGUCGUCAAGGAGGUCGUUGUAGCUGAGAAACCCACCGAGACUGAGCUCCGUAAGCGCUUCGUCGGCGAUGUUUUCUGCGAGGAAAAGGACGAGCCUCUCCUCAAGGAAUCGACAGACCGCUUUGUGCUGUUCCCCAUCAAGUUCCGCGAGAUUUGGCAGAUGUACAAGAAGGCCCAGGCGUCGUUCUGGACCGCCGAGGAGAUCAACCUCGCCCCGGACCUCCACGACUGGGACAACAAGCUCAACGACAACGAGCGCUACUUUAUCGAGCAUGUGCUCGCGUUCUUCGCCGCGUCGGACGGCAUCGUCAACGAGAACUUGGUUGAGCGCUUCUGCGGUGAGGUCCAGAUCGCCGAGGCCAAGACAUUCUACGGCUUCCAGAUCAUGAUGGAGAACAUCCACUCGGAGACCUACUCGCUCCUCAUCGACACCUACAUCCGCGACGGUGCCCGCCGCAACUACCUCUUCAAGGCGAUUGACACCAUUCCCUGCAUUAAGAAGAAGGCCGACUGGGCCCUCCGAUGGAUCUCUGACGACUCUUCGUCGUUUGCCGAGCGCCUGAUCGCAUUCGCUGCCGUCGAGGGCAUCUUCUUCUCGGGCUCGUUUGCCUCCAUCUUCUGGCUCAAGAAGCGUGGCCUCAUGCCCGGCCUCACCUUCUCGAACGAGCUCAUCUCGCGCGACGAAGGUCUCCACACCGACUUUGCCUGUCUCCUCUUCACGCACCUCCGCCGCCGCCCGCACCCCGACCUCAUCGCCAGCAUCAUCAAGGAGGCCGUCGAGAUCGAGCAGGAGUUCCUCACCGACGCCCUCCCCGUCUCGCUCAUCGGCAUGAACGCCAAGCUCAUGUGCCAGUACAUUGAGUUUGUUGCGGACCGCCUCCUCGUUGCCCUUGGCAACCCCAAGAUCUGGAACUCGACUAACCCCUUCGACUUUAUGGAGAUGAUCUCGCUCCAGGGCAAGGCAAACUUCUUCGAGUCGCGCGUCUCGGCGUACUCAAAGUCGGGCGUCAACCAGUCGGUCGGGCAGGACUCUGCUACCGCCACCUCAAAGCGCGCUUUUGCUCUCGACGAGGACUUUUAA